UUUAAAAAAAUAUCCGUACAUAAAAAUGCGUGCCCAUUUCCCAUCCUUCUUAUUUAUUAAGAGCACAACACGAAUUGAAGCAGCUUAUUGAAGAACCAUGUGCACACUUGAGAGGCGUGGUGAUCUCUUCAUCGUCACCCUCACCGGCGACGACGAGCACUGGAUCGGACCACCCUUGAUUUCCUCCUUCCUCUCUCUUCUCACCCAAAUCAACUCCCAAGCCACUCCCGGUUCCGUUCUGAUCACCACCUCCCAUGGCCGCUUCUUCUCCAAUGGCUUCCACCUUCCCUGGGCUCAAUCCGCUGCCUCCAAAUCCGCCGCUAAAGACCGCAUACUCCACAUGGUUCAUAUCUUCAAGCCUGUCGUCGCCGCCCUUCUCUCUCUCCCCAUGCCCACCAUCGCCGCUGUCUCCGGCCAUGCCGCCGCCGCCGGUUUUGCUCUCGCUCUUAGCCAUGAUUACGUCCUGAUGAGGCGCGAUAGAGGCGUGCUCUACAUGAGCGAGAUUGACUUGGGUUUUACGUUGCCCGAUUACUUUGCGGCAUUGAUGAGGUCGAAGAUCGGGUCAGCCUCGGUUCGUCGAGACGUGCUGCUGGCAGGGAUGAAGGUGAAUGGUGAAACAGCAGUGAAGUUGGGAAUCACAGAUGCAGCACACGACGGCGGGGAGGCACUGAUGGAGGCGGCGGUGGCGAUGGGGGAGAAGUUGGCAAAGAGGAAGUGGGAAGGAGAAGCUUACGCGGAGAUUAGGAAGAGUCUGUAUCCUGAAAUGUCUCCGUUACUUAAUGAACUGAGUGGAAAGCUGUAA